AACAACAUCAAAACCUUUCAGCCAAGAUGGACGUGUAGUUAAAGUGCUGAAAUUGCUAAUCUAUUCGUUACUUAUUGACUAAAACAAGCGGCAAAAAUGUAUAAUGGCAUCGGUCUUACAACGCCAAGAGGUUCGGGAACAAAUGGUUACGUUCAGAGAAACUGGGCUUCAGUGCGUAAAACCAAAGAUUCGGUUAACUAUCGUACUGAAGAGGAUAUCGCUAAACUAGAUUGUGCGUCUAAUAAACAACCCAACCGCGAAAUACUCGAUCACGAGAGGAAAAGAAAGAUAGAAGUGAAAUGUGCGGAGUUAGAAGACACUCUAGAAGAACAGGGGUUGCCCAAGGAGGAGAUAGCGGCUCGAGUGGCUGCCUUCAGAGCGAAACUAGCAGAAACCGGGAGCGGGGAUAAAGAUGUGCCAAGGGAUGAAUUCGGAAGAGUUGCCGUGCGCGAAACUCACGCAGUGGCAGAGGCGCAACAGGAGAAGAAUGCUCGGCUUAGAGACGCGUUCGGUAUAUCGCCCCGUUUCGUCGAGGGGACCAGUUUGGAUCACGAGCGGAGGGCGAGGGAUGAGGCUCAAAAGUACCCUCUCGUGAGGACGCCGAGCCACGAGAGAGAAGAUCGCGAUACGCAUGUAGCUAAGAAGAAAAAGAAAAGAAGUGCAUCACCAGAAGCUAAAAAAUCAAAGAAGAAAAAAUCAAAGAAAAACAAAAAGGAGAAACAAGAAUCCAGUAAGAAAAAGAAGAAGAGAUCAAAGUCACCGAAUACAGAAAGUUCUAGCAGCUCGGAGGGUGACAGCGAGUUCAGCUCAGAGGAUGAACGUCAAAAGAAAAAGAAGAAAAAGUCGAGUAGCAGACGUCGUGGCAGUGGCGCGCCCUCGAGCCGUGAAAGCUCGCCAGUAAAACAAGUCAAAGAGAAACAGUUGGAGCGCUCAUAUGAUUUUCAAGAAGAUAACAAUCGUAAAAAGAAUCGCGACCGCGAAGAUCGGCAUCAGAGGUACGAUGAUUCAGUCAGAAACCCCCGACAUAUGGAAUCUAAUAGACGCAGAGAUGAGAGAAGUCGAUCGCUGGAACGAAGAUCUUCACCAGAAUACAGGAGACGAGAUGAACGCCGAUCACCAGUUUACAAACAGAAAUCAUUCGUAGAAAAAGUUGACAGAAGAAGAGAAUCUUCUAGAGAGGAGCCAGAGAGAACGAGGAUCUCAAAACAAUCUAAACGCGACCGUCAACGGUCACCUUCUGAAUCGGAAACUGAAGAACCGCCUUUAAGAAAAUCUGAUAAGAGAGAUAGAAAAUUACCCCGCCAACCGAGCGAUUCACCACCGCCAGAGAAAAGGCGACGAAAGAGCCCAUCACCGAGCAGGAAAAGGGAAGAAAAUCAGUAUAACAGAAAAGAAAAAUCAAGAGAGGAUGUUAGACCGCAUAAAGAAAAAAGGUUGAAAAGAAGUGAGUCUCCAGACUAUAGGAAUCGACGAAAUGAAGAUUAUAGAAGGCCGGAUGACGAUUAUGACAAUAGAAACAAAACUGACAGCGAAAGACAUUAUAAGGAAGGUCGUAGUGAUGCGUCGAAGCGAAGAAGAAACAGGAGCUCAUCGAGGGAAAGAGCUGAAUCUUCGAAGGAACAUCGAGAACGAUCUGUAAGUAAAUACAAGAAGAGAGAUUCGCGUAAAGGGCCGGAGACGUAUUAUAAGGACAAUAGGGGUCAACAAUCUUCUUCUGAUACUGAAAAAGAAACGCCUCAAAAACAGAAAGACAGCAAAGUUUCUAGUAACAAGUCCCGGUAUAAUAAAGAAAGAAAUGAAUCCCCAAUAAAAGAAAAACGCAGACGGAGUCGUUCGGUAGAACAUGCCAGAGAUGAUACCCCUGAUCGAAGGGCCGACAGAAAAGAAGAUAAAAGUAAGACCAGCUCAAAAUCUAAUGACAAUAACCGAGAAGAGAGUAAAACAAAGAAAAGAUCGCCCACACCUGAAAAAUCAAGACGUAGAAUUUCACACAGCCGAUCAAGGUCGACUUCAGUAGAGCGAAGAAGUUCAAGAAAAGAAAAACAAAAGAGUAAUACACCAAUCGUAAAAUCUAAAGUAGUAUCAGAACGACGUAGUUCACCAAGACAAGAACAAAAAGAGAAAAAUGAUAGGGAACGUAGUGUCCGCAAAGAAUCUCAUAGAAGUCGGUCUAAAUCGCGUUCAAAGGAUCGCAGUCGUAGCACAUCUAGUCUCAGUUAUUCACCGGCACGCCGCAGUCCUGAGCGAUAUCUCGAUAUAAUAGAAAAAUUACCAGAAAAAGACAAAAGAAAAUACAUAAAGUCACCUUCUGUCCUUCAAAAGAAGAAAAAUAAAAUCAAAGAGGUCACUGAUAAGUACAAACCAAAGGCGGUGUGCAUGAGAAGUUCGUCGAGUGAAAAUGAUGAUUCUGAUAUAAGAUCUGACGAUGAGAUGAUGAUGGAUUAUUUGAGUUUAGACGAUAGAGCUCGUCAAGAAGAAUUGGAUUUUAAAGAAUUAAGUAGAUUGAAAGAAAAAUUGGCUCAAAUGGCUAAAGCUUCAAUAGAACGAAAAAGAAACGAAGAAGCUAACGGUCCGUCAACAUCGCACGCUGCUCAUGAGGAAGAGACGGAAGAACGUAGACCUAUACGUGAAAGCCCACUCGUAUAUGCAAAAGAGGAAAGUCCUACAGUCAUUAAAACGCCGGAAAAACUUGAUACCCCUAAAAAAGAUAGUCCGCUAAAUUUCGAAAGUUCUCCGGAAGUUAAGAAAAGGGACAGGAGUCAGUCGCGACGUAGUUGGUCGCGUUCGACGCGGCGUUCACGAUCAAAAACGCGAUCGCGAGGCAAGUCGUCGAGAUCGAGAUCGCGAUCACGAUCCCGGUCACGGUCUGCAUCUCGGUCUUCUCAUUCGAGAUCCCGGUCUUACUCCAGGUCUUCAAGGCGUUCACGUUCAAGUCGCUCCAGCUCAUACAGCACCAGAAGUUCUUCGAGAUCAUCUCGCAGUUCAUCGAGAUCAACAAGAUCAUCUCGAACAAUGACGGGCGUGUACGCCGAUUACCGUAGAUCGAGCGGGACGCGAUCGCGAUCUCCAUCGAUACCUCGGCGCGCCGGAUCGCCGAGCUUCUUGGAUAGGAGGCGCAUCACGAGAAAAAAGUCACGAAAAUCUAGCACGAGUUCAGAAGACACAAGUAGUAGUUCGGAUUAGUGCAGUGCUAGAUGAUUAACAUAACGCGCCCAUUAUAGAUCUCACGUACACAUCAAAGAAAUACAAGUAUCGAAGAAGAUGAAUGUCCUUUACCAAUAUUUAAUAAAAUUCAAGAUGCCAGAUGUAGAAGUGCUAUUUUUAAGGACAUUAUUUUAAGUGUGUUUAAUGUUUUAUUUUGUUUUAUCACAUUAAAGUUUAUUGUAUUUA